AUCAAUGUAAUAAUAAAUGAAACCAAAUUAUAAAGUCUUAUUCAGGUGUUAUUCUAUAUAUACGAGGACAGCCAUAAUGGCUCCCUUAAAAUACAAAAUUUGCGGCUUGUAUUCGAAUUUUUGCUCCCCAAGACGUAAUAUGGGUGUUCUUUCCGACUUCAUUAAUAAUGUAAAGAAAGGUUUCGAGUCUAAAGAGAUGAAAGACUCGAUUGAGCAAUUAACUUCUGAAGCUAGAAAAAGGACACAAAAUGUGGAUAAAUUAAGGAAGCGAACAUAUGAAACUAUUAAUCCUUUUGCUGUUGCGACUAUUAAAAAAGUUAUUUUAGUCUUAAUUAAACUUCAGAAGAUGGUUAACAUAGUUUUCCCUGUAAGUAUACGCCGCAAAGGUUCUGCCUUUACGAGAAAGUUGACUAACGCCACAGUUGAAGCUACACAAAAGACGGCAAAAAAGCUUGAUCAAACUGCAGUUUUUAAGAACGUUAAAAAGGGCACCAACUUUUUAAAAGAGGAGCUUGUUGAUGGCAGCGUUCUAGCCUCUGCUAGAUAUCAUCCUUACCAAAGCCCAACUCUACAAGUAAAGGAAAAAGUUUUGAAGUCAACCAUUUCUGCUGAGGCAUCCCAAGUGCCUGAGAAUUUAGAUGCCCAAGAUGUUGUAUUACAUAAAAGCUCGCGUUGGGAGGUUGAGUGGCAAAAUUUUAAAGAUAAUAAUUCUGUUUUACAGCGCGCUUAUGAAUGGAAAAUGUUUUAUGACGAAUCUGACAAUAUACUAAUUCGUGGUUUACGAAACAUACACGAAAAGUUUUCUGAGGCUAAAGAGUCUCUGGUUGGAGGAAACGAUACUUUAUUGGUUCUUGAAGAAAUUAAGAGGCUAGAUCCCUCUUUUGAAAAAGAAGAUUUCAUAGAGCUCGCUCACUCGCAAUACAUACCCUUGCUUUUGGAAUCUUAUUAUAAAAAAGACCUUGAUCUCUUAGAGAAAUGGUGUUCUGACGCUGUCUUUAAAUGCUUAACGACCAUUUUUAAGAAUCAACAAAAACUUGGAAUCUCGGAACAUUGCGACAUUCGAGAAAUUUCUUAUGUCGACAUCUUUGAUGCCGUACGAAUGGAGCAAGGGCCCGUACUAAACGUAGUUGCCCGUGUUCAGCAAGUCUGUGUGGGCAAAGACCGCGCAGGAAAUAUUAUUCACGGAGAUCCGAAUAUUGUCGAAGAAGCUUUUUACUAUAUAGCGUUUUUCCGAGAGCAGGACGUCUAUCAAGCUGGCGGAUGGAAAAUUCAAGACUUUGCGAUUCACUAUAAGAGACCAAUGGCGUUAUAAGCUUGGCCAAAUGAAGUUGGAACGGCUAAUUAAAAUGUGUCUGAGGCCAAUCCAUGGAAGUUUAUUACUUCUUUGGGGAUUGGGGAAAAGCUUUCUAUGCAGUUCUGGUUGGAGCAUUAAAAAAUAA